AUGGGUUUUUCUGUAGGGAUACAGUCAGCUGGCGUCUCUCACUGUCGUGUUUCCGGACCGAAUGUUCUUGGCUGCAGAGGCUGUCAUAUUGUCAUUGGCUUUGGUGGGGCCACGGAACGAGAGUGCGAGAGCAAGAUCGAUGUCGUUGUGAAUAGUGUCGAGCCGCAUCCCCACGAGUUUGGAUGCAAAAAAUCAUACAAGCUAUGCAUGGACCUCGACCUGUGGAGGCCAGCUUUUGUGGUGGCAGGUAUUGAUCGGUAG